GCAGUGAGUCCAUUCACUUCAGAGUCACACACAGCCAAAGAGCAGCGCUGACUGCUGCAGGACCCACAGACAGACAGACAGGCAGACAGGCAGGCAGACAGACUCUGGGUAGCUCAAUACAACACGGACAACUUUCUCCCCUGUGAUUUUCUGAGAGGAUCUGUUGGUUUGGAUUUUAUUCUCACAGGACUCUUCAGGAGAAAAAAAAACAACAACCUGUUCAAAUAUAAGAAGAAGAGCUGCGUGGUUUGAUGUCUCAAUAAAGUGGGCCGUGAAGUUUGGAGAGCGUCAGUGUGUGAGAGACAAGUGCAAUGCGCCUCAGACUUGUCUGCUAGGAUUGUGCCAUUUUGCGCUUGAGGAGCUUUUAUGUCGGGCUGCCGCGCAGAGCUCGUCUCGAGAGGACGCAGUCCAAUGUGAAUUACAAGAGUCAACUUCCAGCCUCCGCAGCGUUUCACACCUCACAAGCGCACAAGUGCAGCACCGGAGUCUGACUGAACCCGCCGCGCAGCUCCGACACCCCGGUCCCUCUCCCUCGAGGCGAGGGGAUGGUUGUGGAUCCUCUGGGGCCAGGAGCGACUCUGCGGCUCCUACACAACAACACUUUCUGCGUGUCUUGGGUUCAUUCUAACUUAAAGGGAGAUGAGAGCCGCACUUUGUCACUUCCUUUUGUGGACGGCGUAUCUGCUGCUGGUCAACGCUGAGAAGGAAGUGGAGUUUCCCCAGGAGCUGAUAGACAGACUGUCUCACAGUGAAAUCCACAGCAUCAGCGACCUCCAGCGGCUACUGGACAUUGACUCCGUAGGUACGGGAAAUGAUGUUAUCGAGCAGCCCAAGCCCCACAGACACCACAACCACCAUAAGAACUACUCCCGGCACCAUGGUCACUACAAUGACUUGAAGAGCUCCCAGCUCCACAGCAGACGCAAGAGGAGUAUUGUAGAGGAGGCGGUCCCAGCGGUGUGUAAGACGCGGACGGUGAUCUACGAGAUCCCCAGGAGCCAGGUGGAUCCCACGUCUGCCAACUUCUUAAUAUGGCCGCCCUGCGUGGAGGUGAAACGCUGCACGGGCUGCUGCAACACCAGCAACAUGCGCUGCCACCCUUCCCGCAAGCAUUACCGCACCGUUAAGGUGGCCAAGGUGGAGUAUGUCAGGAGGAAACCCAAGCUGAAAGAGGUCUUUGUGCGGUUAGAAGACCACCUGGAGUGCGUGUGCACAUCGCAGCAUCAUGUGGUGGAGCACUCAGAAGCAGAAACAGGCCACCGUAGGGCUAAAGGUAAAAAAAGGAAACCUAAAAGGCUAAGGCCCAGCAAGGAUUUAUUGGCGACAUAAUAAAGUUGCACUCAUUACCCAAAGUCCACUGGAGAACUGUGAAGGGAACAGGUAGGACUUUAGCACCGUGGUGUCCUCUCACCUCUUGGCACUGCACUGGCCCAAUCAGGGCGCAAAGUGGUUCCGCCAAUCACCAUCACCAAUCACAUCACAGCCAAUCAGUGUGAGGCGGGGGAUGGCUAAGGAGUUCCAUUGCUCUGUGCCCCGGGGCUGCAUGUUGAUUUUGUGGCCUGCUGAGCAUGCACACUGCACAUGUCUGCUUCUAUGUCACCGUGUUGUGAUUGUGUGUGUUUGCGUGCACUGUUUUCGUUGUGUUACACAGCAAUAAGGAAACCCACUGUACGUUUGCUGAAUGUCUCAAUCUGUGUCUUGCUUUUGUUGUCCUGUCGAAGUGUUAUCACGUCAGCACCGAUAUUUGUCCUCUGUCAUCACUGCCUGCCACUAAAAGAAAGGUUUAUUUUUUUUUUUUAUCAUUAAAAAAGUUGCUGUCUUUGAAAUCUGGAGAAACAUAAUUCAGGAACAUUUUGGGGUCAUGCGUCAACUUGUUUGAAUUGCAUGAGCAAGUUGAUGCAGCUGCGCACAAAAUGCGACGCCAUUCAUUUUUCUUAUUACUCAUGGGUUCAAUUUGAUACUAAUUAUAGCCUUUUUUCCCUCUCCCGCAGUGGACGUGAGGUGAAACCAAUCAGAACAAUGGACUUCAGUGUGGGAGGGACCUUAAGUAAAGGAUGUCAUCAACACGAGACCUGCUCUGUCCUCUUCCCUGCUGCUGUGCAACCUUCAUUUAAGAAAAACUAACAUUUCUGUAAAGAUGAGAGACAGAAAGACUUAAAUAAGAUGCCAAAGGUGCUUAAAAAAAAAGAAAAAAACUGUGAUGACUUCCUCUGUGGUACACCACCUACUCAGACAACGGAAACCUGCCAAUUAUUGAGAAGAAAAGAGAAAUAUGCCGUGGAGCUUGGGUAGGGCGGAAAGAGGCCGAAGGGAGAUGAUGAAAGGGAUUUGUGUUGAACAUUUCGACUGACUUUGUUUGAACAAGACGUGCAACAGAAAUGGCUGUAAAACCGUUCAGUCAAGCUUUCGUGGGAAUCUGGUGCUCAGGCUGCAGAACAGCGGUGGACGACCUCCAGCUGGGCAACAUAAAAGUGCCCUGCCCUGUUCGAAUGACUUUUGCAUACCCAGGAAGGAAGAGCGAUAUAGCAAAACAACGGCAAAUGUUGGAGUUAUGGAGGUGUUUGAUUUUUGCAAAUGACUCUCUGUGGAGCAUCAAACAAUUUUUGGAGUUUUUGGAUGUUUUCUCUGGGUAAAGAAAAAAUGUCUGAGAAGCCCGGUGGUCCAUGACUUUUCCCACCUGCUAUGUACAGUUCAAUCAGAACAGGAUGCACCGCUACUUAUAAACUAUUUAUACAUGUGGACAUUUUAUUUUUAUCUCUUCCAGUACAAAAGAACAAUAUGAUUUCUUUUUUGUUUUGUUUUAUUGUGUUGGACACAUGCAAGAGUCCUGAGUGGUCCUGUUCUUUGACACCUUCAGUAUCACAAUCUCUGUGUCCUUUGUUUUGUUUUUGCUGUUCUUGUCAUCCAUGUUUCUUAUUAUAUUACAGUAUAUCUGAAUGAUGUCAAGUCUUGUAUAUGGUUUGGAUAUAUGAGUGCAAGGAGGAGAUGUGAGUCUCAGUGCAGGAAGAUGCUUUAUUUUUGUUAUGAAAUAUAUUAUGCUUACUUAUAUCCAAGCAGGAAAUAUGUUAAAAUUCUUUUGUUGUGGUUGAAUGUCUGUAUUUAAUCUAAUGGAAAUGAUGCAGAAACAGGGACAGGGGGUUUUAAGAGAUGAGGAGGAGGAGGAGGAGGAGAAAAAAAAAGCUGCCUGUGAUUGUUUGUGUGUGUGGAACUGUGAAAAGGAGGGACAGACUGGCUCAGACAUGGCAACUUAAACGAGUGGCUGCAAUGUAGCUUAUUCAACGGCCACAAAACAAGCAUCCCCAAAACUUUUAGUGUGUUCUUGACAAAAACAAAAGGCACACAAAUAUGCUAGUGUGUGUGUAUGUAUGUAUGUAUGUAUGAGUGUGUGUGUGUGUGUGUGUGUGAUUUCUCUGUUACAUGAUGCCAUUUUACAUUCAUAUCACCUCAGUGUUGAUAAGGAAGAUGCCUGCCCGGUCUGCUUCAAGAAAAACACACACAUGUUGUGCCUGGAGAGAGCAAAGUCCACCUUAAAGAGCGAAUGAGCGAGUUGACAGGUGCAUGAAUGGACUCCUUGUUUAGCCAGUCUUUACUCCUCUGUUGACAGGAGAAUAAAUCUCUGCAGGAUCCACCCCUUUGAAGGGAGUCACACCUUUUGCAGCCACAUACCAUCAGGACAGGACGAUGAUGGGCGCUGAAAACAGAAACUGAGCAUGUGCCCGCUCUGGAAUAAGGAAUUACUUACCCCUACCUGUUCCUCAUUAACAGUGACGAAUGUGUAACCAAGAAAACAAAACUUGUCUUCCACCCCGCGUUCAAGAAAUGUUCAAGAAAAGAGGUUUUUUUUUGGUUUUUGGUUUUUUUUAAACAGUGAGUCGUAUCAAUUGAAUGAGAAAUAAAUGGAGUGAAAGAUGGCUGUGUCGUCAACUGCUGAACUGUGAACGUCAAAUUGCAUAAAUGGGUGACAUGGUGCUACAUUUACAAGGCUGAUGUUCCAUCACUGUUCACAUCAGUGUAACACUGUUCUCAGUAAACCAGGGACCAGGCUGAAGAAAAUGCCAUUACGCUAUCACUAAGUCUUUACUACUUUCCUUGUGGGCUCCCAUUGGAUAAAUACGGCAAUAAUCAUAAUUUAUAUAUUUAUGUUUUCAACAAUAAAUAUAUUUCUGCUUAUAAAAUUG